CUCUAGAGCUUCCGUUUCCGGCCCCACAGUGGUGGGGAGAAGCGUGAAAAUGCGGGUUUCCGUCGCUGUCGCCAUCUCCCAUGGCCGCAUAUUCCGCCGCCUGGGCCUCGGUCCAGAGUCCCGCAUCCACCUGUUGCGGAACUUGCUUACGGGACUAGUGCGACACGAACGCAUCGAGGCCUCAUGGGCACGCGUGGAUGAGAUGAGGGGCUACGCCGAGAAGCUCAUCGACUAUGGGAAGCUGGGAGACACCAAUGAACGAGCCAUGCGCAUGGCUGACUUCUGGCUCACGGAGAAAGACUUGAUCCCAAAGCUGUUUCAAGUUCUGGCCCCUCGGUACCAAGGUCAGAAUGGGGGCUACACGAGAAUGCUGCAGAUACCAAAUCGGAAUAAGCAGGAUCGGGCCAAGAUGGCAGUGAUCGAGUAUAAAGGGAACUGCCUACCACCCCUGCCCCUGCCUCGCAGAGACAGCAACCUUACACUCCUAAACCAGCUGCUUCAGGGGCUGCAGCAGGACCAAGAAGCAAAUAUCCACAGCUCCCACACAGCUCAGACACCAAGGAUUUAACUGGAGCCAAAGGGUGUAUGGCCCUCAUCAGUGCCCAUGAUCCCAGGCCUUUGGAGCUCUUCUAAUCUCUAGGAAGAACUGGAGCUAGAGUUGUAAAAUGGACAAUCUUCCUGGAGUACAGAACUUUCUGGGGAGCCAGAUAACCAUUUCUUUGCACUAUAGAUAAAAUUCCUUGUAUGAAUACAUGUAAAUUGUUUUUUUUCCCUCUGCCUGAUAUUUCUGAACAAUGAGAAUUAUCCAAGUG